UAUAAAUAAAGAGAAAACGAAAGUAAAAGCUUAUUAACACUGCAUGUAAAAUGGCGAACAGUUUGGUCCUUCGUCAAGUGACUGCUUUGACUUUGGCACUUUGUGUGGACGCCUUCUUUGUGUACGCCGUGGUCGUGGAACUCGCGCACGGGACCUGUGCGAGUUAUGCGUGGGUGUUUGCGCUGCUGAGGUGUUCGGCGCGCGCGGUAACAGUGGCGGCGCUCGGAGGACUGCCGCCGGUACCGGCUCGCCUCCUCGCCGGGCACUGUGCACUUCCGGCCGUGAUGGCGACCGGGACCGCGGUGCUGGCCCUGGAGGACAACCAGUGCGGCGUGGUGGCGGACGCGCGCUGCUGGCUGAUGUGCACCGGAGCCUCGCUGGCUGCUGCCUUUUUUUGGAAACGCUCCUCCGGUCUCCGAUGGCGAAGGAAAGACGCAAAACAAGCCCAGGGUGUUGUUCAUGAGAGUGGUCGCAUGUACAAGCCGGACUAUCCCGCGAUGCUCGCUGCCUUCUUCUUCCUCACCCUGGCUGUUGUCUGUCAGAUGUCCAUUCAGUUUUACACAGGGAAGAUUAUUGACAACCUGCGUGCUAAUUACUUGCCAAAUGAAUUCUUCUCAGCGCUCCUCCUCAUGGGCCUCUACUCUUUGGGAAGCUCAUUGGGCGCAGGCUGCAGAGGGGGUCUCUUUACGUGGGCCAGAAGCUCUUUUACGUACAGAGUCAACUGCAAACUGUUUGAAGCUUUGACCAAACAGGAAGUUGGGUUUUUCGAGACGGUACAGACAGGUGAACUCACAAGCAGGUUGUCUACGGACACCAGCAUGAUGGGGGAUACAGCGUGUCUCAACGUCAACGUUCUGCUGAGGAACCUCAUCAAGAUGGUUGCCAACUUGGUCCUAAUGUUGCAACUAUCAUGGCAGCUGACACUUAUAGUGUUGAUGGUGGUCCCGGUUACGACCCUCAUACAGAACAUCUACAACAAGCACGAGCAGCGGUUGAAGCUGGCCAUACAGAACUCCCUGGCCGAGGAAAAAAAAACGGCCCAUGAGAUCCUUUUGGGUAUCCGUACGGUACGGAGCUUUAGCGCUGAAAAACACGAGGCCCGUCACUAUGACAACCGGCUGCUGGACACGAACGUCCUCAAGAACCAGCGGCAAACUGUCAAGAUUGUGUACCUUCUCGGAAGGAGGUUGACAGAUUUGGUGAUGCAGGUGCUGAUCUUGUGGUAUGGCAGGUUGUUCAUCCAGAGGGGGCAAAUGAGCACCGGCCACCUAGUCACCUUCAUCCUCUACCAGUCAGAUCUUCAGUACAACAUCAUGGCACUAAUCUACAUCUGCAGCAACAUGCUGAACUCAGUGGGGGCCGCUGCUAAAGUGUUUGAGUAUCUGGAUCGAGAACCUCAGAUCAGCACCAAGGGGGAACUGGCACCCAAUCAGCUUCAAGGACACAUUGUCUUCUGCAAUCUGAACUUUGCCUAUCCAACACGCCCUGACAUACCUGUGCUGAAGGACUUCUCUUUGGAGCUGAGAGCGGGUGAGAUGACGGCGCUGGUGGGACCGUCGGGAGAGGGGAAGAGCACUUGUGCGUGUUUGCUGAAGCGCUGGUACGAGCCACGGGACGGUGAAAUCCUGUUGGACAAUGCUCCCCUGGAAUCCUACAACUGCCGCUACCUCAGCAAGAAGAUCGCCUUGGUAAACCAAGAGCCAGUGCUCUUCUCAGGCACAAUUAAAGACAACAUCGCCUACGGACUUGAUGACUGCUCCAUUCACACCAUUCGGGAAGCGGCUCGACUGGCUGACGCCCACAACUUCAUUAUGCAGCUGGACAAAGGCUACGAUACAGAGGUAGGCGAGGGGGGCAGCUUGUUAUCUAAGAGCGAACGGCAGCGGAUCGCUGUUGCUCGAGCGCUGGCCAGGCAGCCACAGGUCCUGAUUCUGGAUGAAAUAACAAGCUCCCUGGAUGAGGACAGUGAAAACAAGGUCCUGCGAAACCUGGCCAAUCGCCUCAACCAAACUCUUCUGGUGAUUGCUCAUAGACUCAACACCAUCGAGAAGGCCAAUCAGAUCGUAGUGAUCGGUGGCGGCAAAGUUCAAGAGCUGGGAACCCACCAAGUAUUGCUGGCCAAGAAAGGGAUCUACUGCAAAGUGAGAGAGAAGCUUGCCACAAAUUGAAGCUACUGACAGGCUCCAUUUACCAUUAUGUAUUUCCAAGGUUCUACACUGUUAUGAUAAUACAACAAAUGUAUUAUUUAUUAUAUUUAUCUCAGUACAUAUACAGUAUGACUCAAGUUUUGUCAAAGGAUUGUUAAAACUUAAAAUAAAUAAUUAAAAUAAAACCUAAUAAUAAAAGCCUUUUAUAAUGAGUAAACAAAGGUUGCUGUGUUAAAAUGACCUCAAUUAAAAAACUUAAAUGGUAUCAGUGAUUUUGCAUCAUCUGUUAUGGUGAUUUUGUUCAUAAAACUGUUGCUCUAGCAGGCGUCUCAAACUCAAUUUACCUGGGGGCCACUGAAAGCAGAGUCUGGGCGGGGGGCUGGGCUGCAUCAGGUAUUCCACAAGAAAAGCUUUGUUGAAAAAAUUCCAAACUUCUCAAAUGGCUUUAUACUUAUUUUUUAUUAACACAAAAUAAGAUUAAAAUUAAAUAAACAAAUUAAUAAGAAAAUAAGUACAUACAUGUGCAGAAUAUAUUUUAAUUCCACCUGGUGUCACUGUCGUGUUUAGCCAACGCACGGAGAACGUAUCAAUGCAUGGAGAAGGUCAUUUCCUUAAUGUGCGUCAUUUCCUUAAUGUGCGUCAUUUCCGCUUUUUCCCAUUCAACAGCACGGCGGUGGAUAAUAGCCCGGUAGCAGUCUUCUUUGUUUUUGCGCUCGAUGUUGAUGUCUUUCAAGAUGACAUGAACACCGUGGAAUUCGUAGAUAGUACAAAGUACUUGAAUAGCGAGUGCAAAAAGGCGUGUCAUCCGGCGUGCCGUUACUUGAAAAAUAAUUGGAAAUAUAUAUAUAUAUAUAUAUAUGUAGUGUUCAUCAUGUGAGGCAAAGCAAGUACAAUGCAAAUAGCGCUAUGCAAAUACAAAAUAAUGACCCACAAAUAACGAUGUUACCCUAUAAUUGGUCUGGGUUAUCGGAGACUGUUAUUGCCGACGGACACUAAGCGCCUUGUUUGCCUGCUCAUUGUGUUUAGGGAUUUUGUGCCUGAGCCUUUUGUUGCAGUGCCUUUUUGUUCUUUUGGCACCGUAGUUUUUGUAUUUUAAUUAUUGACUCUGUGGACAUUAAAAGGACUUGUCGCCGCUCUUGUCCUCUGCGCUUUUUGGGAUCCACCACAGUAAGCCAUGACAUAUACGUAUAAUGUUCCGCUGGGCAGCAACUUCCGAAACUUUUAUUUGAAGUGUUGUGAACGCAGCGUGCUGGGACGCAUUUCCGUGUGUACCCAAUAGAAACGAGGCAGCCAGCUAGGCACGGAAGAAAACUCUCCACAGCAACACUGCUGUAACUUUCACUUAUUCAGAGCCACAUACCCUACCGUGAUUGGUAGGUUAAUUGAGCUCCACACUCAAAACUGUAAAGUGCCAUUUAUAUAAAACUUGCGAGCCGCACUAACAUUAGACUUUCCUAUUAAGAUGGGGGCCGCAAAAUAUUGUCUCUGGGCCUGCAAUUGGCCUGCUGGCCGCGAGUUUGAGACCCCUGUGCGAUAGUAUUGAGGAAUGAAAUACAAAAGCAAGGUGACUAAAGUCAUGCUUCGAUAUACUGUAGUUAGGAUUUAAGUAGUCUUGGUUUUUAACAUAUAUUGACACAAACCCACUGAUUCAGUUUGCCCAAAGCCUCCCAGACAAAUCCUAACUGUCCGUGCUUAAGAUGUGCACAAGACAGUGCACCAAUUGUGGUGAUAGGGAGUGGUAUGGAACUGUUUGCCAAGAGUGAACCGCCAUUUCAGGGCUUGAAAGCUGCAAUGUAAAAUGGCGGACAUAAACUGGCUGCGUGGGUUGUGUCUUUUGGCAAUAUUAGCAUGUGUGAAAGUCCCUCCUCUGUGGACUUUUGCUUUCGGUUUCCUUGUGGAGCGGUGUGCCUCACAUCUCACCAAAGUAACCUUUACUGAUAGCCAGAAAAAAGCGUCUCCCUUCAAAGCCGCUUUGAAAAGCCACCUAAGGCGGUGCCUACCAGUAACUGGGAAUAGACAAAGUCUUUCACUUUUUUAAAAUUUCAAAUCUUUAUUUAUUUUAUUGCAGUAAAUUAUGUCUUUUAACACUUUCUCCACAUUACUGUGUUCUAUCUGUAUAGUUUCCAAUGUUAUUCUAGUUAAAAGGAUUUCAAUUGAAACGAGCUUUGGCUUUCUUGAAUAAUUUUCUUUUAUUUGACCUUGUUACCAGUGAAUCUGUACUGUCACGAAACACCCUUUCCUAUGCAAAUUUAAAAUAAAUUCUUCAUCAAUCAA